AUGAAGUCGAUCCUCCUGCUCGAGAAGCAGUGCACCCAAGGCCAGAAUUUUUUCGCGAGGAUGCGUGAUUUUCUCAAGGAAGCUGAGAUGGAGAUCAAACAAGUCCGGUGCGACGAGGAGAGGGCUCUGGGAAGAGUGAAAGAGAUCACUGAGUAUUUCCAUGGUGAUGCUGCAAAGGAGGAAGCGCACCCUCUGAGGAUAUUCAUGGUGGUGAGGGACUUCCUGUCCAUGCUGGACCAUGUCUGCAAGGAGGUCAGCCAGCAGGACAGGACGGUUGUUGGAUCUGCAAGGUCCUUCCGUAUGUCAGCGACCACGGCAAUGGCGAACCUGAAAAUGUACGGCCAGCAUGCAAGAGACGACGACGACGACGACGACGAAGACAGUUGGUCGCUGUAG